AGAGAGAGAGAGAGAGAGAGAGAGGAGAGAUACCCACGUGCACAGGGAUGGCUAGCUGCAGCAUGGCUUCGGCUGCUUCUGGGUUUGUACUCACACCCAACACCCCAACCAAUGGCAACUCAUCCGCUAAGAGCAACAUGGUCUUCUUUGCAAAGAACAAUAACCCUUCUAGGCUUGUGGUGAGAGCGGCGGAAGAAGGGGCGGCUCCGGCCACAACCACUGCGGCUCCAGCAGCAGUGGAAGCUCCAAAGGCCAAGCCGCCCCCAAUUGGACCCAAGAGAGGAACCAAGGUGAAGAUUCUCAGGAAGGAGUCAUACUGGUACAAUGGAAUUGGCUCUGUAGUUGCUGUUGACCAGGACCCGAAGACACGCUAUCCGGUCGUGGUUCGUUUCAACAAGGUCAAUUAUGCAAAUGUAUCUACAAACAACUAUGCAUUGGAUGAGAUCCAAGAAAUUUAAUGAGCAAUGAGGUCGCUGCAGUUGUCCCAGCUUUUUUCCCUGCUCUGUCAAAACUCAAGGUGCAGACAGUCAGUAACUUGAAAUGGCAUGUACAACACUUAGGUAGCAUAAACCAAAGCUUCAAAUCUUCCUCGUUGAGUUUCUGUGGUGACAAGCAACCUUUCCCUCCUCUAGUUAGUCACGCAGAUAUCAGUGAACUAUGUCAAUCAGGUACAUAGGAUGAAUGAUCUUUACUUAAAUCGUCCAACACAAUGAAGAUGCGUUCAGUUCAUUCUUC